GUGAAAAAGUAAAAUUACUUUGUUGAGAUCAUUAGCCAUUCUUUAUUUAGUAAACUUACAGCAGCCCAGUCAGUCCAUUAAUUCGUCACCAUUACAGUUAAACUACUACAGUAACGAUACCUGUUUCAACAAUUUUGAGAAAAUUAUCCAAUAGCUGAUUGGCAGCUUCGAUCAUGCAAUAUAAAAUCCGGAUAAUGGUAAUCAUUUUCGGACUUGAUCAUGUUUAUGCGAACUAAUGAUAUCCAAACUCCGAAGUCUAUCUAAGCAGCCCUGCAUGAGUUUGUGGUUGAAUGAGCAUUUUCUAUUAUCACAUUAGACAUUCGCAUCGAUAUCGAAUCUUUAAAAAACAUUUUUUUCUGCCUUGCUUUCCGUAUACAGGGUGGCCCAAAAGUCACGCACCCGACAAAACAUUGAAUAUCUCCAUUAGGGCUUGACCAAACGGCGUGAUUGUUUUAGUAGUAAUAGAGGUAUGUACAAGCUUUAAAUCCAUAAAGACAUGUCUAGGAAGACCCUUUGCUAAGUAUCACUACUGACCUCAAGAAGAAAAAUUUUACUUUUUCAUAGUUAAAAAAAAAGUCACUUUGCCAAAAAAACUUGAAUAUCUCCACUAUGGUUCAAGCUAAAGAGCUGAUUCUUUUAUCAAUGAUAGAGGCAUGUUCAAGCAGUAUAUUCAUAAGGACAUGCUUAGAAAGAUCCUUUGUUAAAUAUAUUGUUUUCUAUCCUAUCUGUGAAAAAGUAAAAUUGCUUUGUUGAGAUCAUUAGUGGUAUUUUAUAAAGGCUCUAUUUAAGCUUGUUCGUAUAGAUUUAAAGUGUGAACAUGCCUCUAUUAUUGGUAAAAAUAUCAAGCCGUUUGGUUGAUCCGUAGCGGAGAUAUUUAAUUUUUUCUUGGUAUCGUGACUUUUAGGCCAUAUGCAUGGUAGCCUAAAAGUCAGUUUGCCAAAAUAAAAAUUGAAUAUCUCCAUUACGGCUAGAGCAAACGAGCUGAUUUUUUUAAUAAUAAUAGAACCAUGUUCAAGCUGCAUAUCCAUAAAGGCAAACCUAAAGAAACCCUCUGUUAAGUCUAUUGUUUUUUCUUCUAUAUGUGAAAAAGUAAAAUUUUUCUUGUUGAGGUCGAUAGUGAUACUUAACAAAGGGUCUUCCUGCACAUGUCUGUAUGGAUAUAAAGUUUGUAAAUGCCUCUAUCACUGGUAAAAAAUCACCCCGUUUGCUCAAGCCCUAAUGGAGAUAUUCAAUUUUUUGUCGGGUGUGUGACUUUUGGGCCACCCUGUAUUAAUAUUGUGACAGCAACCGCUCCUGUUCUGUGUGCGUUAUGAGAGAAACAUUCUAUCGAAUUUUUAUCAUGAAACAAUUUAUUUCUUGAGGGCCUUAUCACUGUUCUCAAUUCUCAUGAAUUGUUCUGUAGAAUGUUAGAAUUUUGCAUUGAGAUUCAUUUUAGAGGGAACAAGAACAGAACCAAGAGCAACAACAACUACAACUACAACAACAACAACAACAACAACUACUACUACUACAACGACAACAACAACAACUACAACAACAACAACAACGACAACAACAACAAUAACAACAACUACAACAACAACAACAACUACUACAACAACAACAACUACUACAACAACAACAACAACAACUACAACAACAACAACAACAACUACAACAACAACAACAACAACAACAACAACUACAACUACAACAACAACAACAACAACAACUACAACAACAACAACUACAACAACAACUACCAGUAAGUAG